CGGUAAAAACAAAUCGGCGGACCGUGAAGGUGCUGAGGAUAUUCCAUCGUCAAACGAUUGUCGAUGUUGUUUGCUGUUGUUGCCGUGGUUGAUGUUGUUGCUGCUGCUGUUAUCUCUGGUUUGCUGUAAAUUUGCGCAGUACACUUAAAAAAAAUUAUAUCAACGCAGUAGCGGAAGAAGAAGAAGCAUCACACACAAAAAGAGUGCGCACGAAAGAGCAUAAACAGCAGGAGGAGAGAGCGCGCGCGAAAAAGUCAACGGUUGUUGUUGUAUUUGUAUUUUGUACCAGCCGCAGCAUCCCGCCAUUGUUGCUGAUUUUUUUUUGUUAUAUUCGUUAGUUGUUGUUAUUUGUGUGUCCAGCGUGCAUCGCGUGUAACGUAAAAAAAAAACUGUGCCGUCGUCGUCGCUGAAGUCUCCAGUCUCCAAACGUCCACCCUCGCCCGCAUCGUAGCGCAGCGCAUCAAUUGCACUAAUUUCUUCAAUCAGCGCACAAGGCAAGAUACCGAUUUUAAACGAGUAAAACUAGCGAAAAUUGUUUAACAAGUGAAAAAGAGAUCUGUUUGCCAAAUAACGCCCCUAAACGCAUAAACAAAUUCAAGCUUCGAACUGACGCGAUUACUGAAGAUGCCUUACCAGCCAGCAGGCAAUAGCAGCGGCUCGGGCAGCAAAACGGCAGCCAAGAUGUCGCAGCUAAAGUUCUGGAAUAAGCAGAACAGCAACAAGCAACAGGAGAAGCAACUGCAGCAGGAUGCCGGCAAUGGAAGUGACAAUAUCGAUGCCACCAAUGGCAAUGGCAACAACGUUGCUAACGGUGGCAGCAACAACAACAGCAGCAGCAACUCGAAGAGCGAAUCGAAGAAUGGCAAACGCAAUUGGUUGCAUACACCGGAGCAGCUCAUCAGCGGACAUGCCGUCUAUCUAGUCAAGUUCUUUGGUAACCUGAGCGUGGACCAGCCCAAGGGCAUUGAGGUGGUCAAGGAUGCCAUACGCAAGCUGCAGUUUGCCCAGCAGAUGAAGAAAGCGGAGACGGGCACACAGGAGAAGUUCAAGAAACUUGAGAUCACAAUUAGCAUCAAAGGUGUUACGAUUCAAGAGCCGCGCACCCAUAAAAUACUGCAUCAGUUUCCGCUGUACAACAUCUCGUAUUGUGCGGACGAGAAGGGUGUAAAGAAGUUCUUUAGCUUCAUUGCCAAGACGGUUAAGACCAAGGAUAGCAGCAGCAACGAUAGCAAUGGCUACAAUGGCAGUGGAACUGGCAAUGGCAGCGCCAAACCCGACGAGACACACGAAUGCUUUGUAUUCAUAUCAAAUAAGUUGGCCUCGGACAUUACGCUGACCAUUGGUCAAGCCUUUGACUUGGCUUAUAGAAAAUUCAUGGACAGCAAUGAGAAGACGAAUCUGAACAAGGCGCAGCAACAGAUUGAGCAUCUGCAGAACACGAUUGCCAUCUACAAGGAGCGACUGCGCGAAUUGUCGAAUAAAUUGCCAAAGGCCGAGCUGGAUGCCAUGCUCUAUAAGCUGGGCAUUAAGGAUAUUGUCGAGGCGCCCGCUAAUGAGUUGAAUGGCAACGAAACCCUAAGCAACGGCAAGCUGGAUGAGGAUAAGCUGCUGAUCGACACCAAUUCAACAACAGCGUCAACGCAUUCGGCAUCGCCCAAUUCGUUCUUGCCCAUUGUGCCACCGAGGAGCACUUUGUCCAGUCAGAUGAGCAGCAGCAGCAGCGGCGGCAAAAGCAAUAGCCAGAAAAUGGAUGAACUGCUGCUCAAUUCGGAUUCGGACAGCGAUUUUGAUCCACGUGCCGAUGAGAUACAGGAUAAUCUCAGCAAUGGUCGCAAUGCCAUUAGCAAUGAUCUGUUUGGCUUUGAGCCAUCGAAGAGCUUUGGCCAGCAGUUGUUCUUCAACAACAACGAUCACAAGCUGCAGAACAACAACAAUAACAACAACAGCAGCAACGUGAGCAACAACAACAUGAGCAUCAACAGCAGCGGCUUCUCCAGCGAGCUUAACAUAACGCCACCACUGUUGGCACCGCCGCCAAAGAUUGCGGCUCCGCGACGCAACACGCCGUUGACCAACAAUAUUGGCCUCAAUGGCAACACGGAUUUGUUUGGAUCCGAUCCGUUUGAAAUGAACAACGGACCCAGCGUGUUUAAGCAGAGUCAGCAGCUGAAUAUUGAUGAUUUCUCCCUGGAGAGCUUGGAUCCGUUGCGCAAGUGAGCCGAAAAUCCAGCGGUGCUAAUUACGCCAUUGCAAAUAAACACAUCAAUUAAUAUUACUACUAACAAACAACAAAAGGAAAAAACCAAAAAAAUAACAAAACAACUAAAAACUGAAAGAAAAGAGUAAACAAAUUGUAUCUUAGCUUAUUUUUGUGAGGUAUUCGUCCUCCAUGUUGUUUAGCCUUCUAUUCUGAUUAUUGCCUGGUAAAUUCUUUUGAGCUUGAAUUAUAAAUAUUGUAUGUGUAUGUGUAUUAUUGUUUAUAUAAUUUUAUAUUGCAUAUUAUGUAUGAUUAUUAUAUUAUUAUUAUUACUAUAUUAUAUAUUAUAUUAUUAUGGCGAUCGAGAUCGAGUUCCAGAUCGCGCACAAUGCACUUUGUUUAAACGAAUCAAUUGUUGCUGUAGUUAAAUAGUUUAAAUGAAUGUCAAUUGUCGAGCAAACAAAAGAAAAUGAAAUGUAUGUAUACAAGAGCUAAUUAAAAACGAGAAAAGAGAAAAUAUGAGAACGUCAGAAACGUCGUGAUAAUGUGCAAACGCUAAAAACCUAAAUGUGAGAAUUUUGUAUAAAAUAAUUAUAACUCUAAACGAAUCUUAUCAUUAUAUACAUAUAUAUAAAUGCAUAUAUAUCGAAACAUGCACACGUAAUCAAUUAUUGUAUAGCUCAGCAAAAUGAACAAUAUUUAUUAUUAUGUAAAAAUAAAAUGUAGUGCCUAAAAAAGUUUGGAAUGUUUUCAUUUACGGCUUUUGCUUCUUUUUUUUUUUGUUUUUUUUGGUUGCUGCUUUCAUUUAUUGCACAAAAACACACUUAUAAAAUACGUAUGCCAUUUGUUUAACGCUUUAUAACAAUAUUUUUUGGUUUAACAAUCUAUGAAAAACUUAACACGUUACUGCCAUGAAUACAAAUUGUAGUUGUAGUUGUUACUGUUGUUGCUGUUGCUUGUUGUAUUUGGGAAUGUUUGCCUAGAACUAGUGAUAUAUCGUUCCCACUUAGUGGUCUGAUUUUAAAUCCAUUGUUGCUGUUGUUCUCCGUAGAUGUCCUGAGUAUCAUUUGAGUGCUGCUAAUCUAAUCCAAGUCGUUGUAGCGCUUUGGAGCUGUUGCAUUCAGCUGCCUAGCAUUCAUGUCCGAGCUCUGGAAACAUUAUACAUUUAUUUAAUAAUCGACUCAUUAGUUGGCUACGGCUAUUGACGACAGAUAGGAUCGAUAGAAAGUAUAAAAAAAUAAAUGAAAUCGAACCAAAAGAGCAGUCAAGAGAAACUGACCAUGGGCUGGCUCAGAGCUAGGUGCAGUCUUAUAAGUUUUUUAAGAAACCAUAUAAAUAACGCCAACGAUUGGAAAAGUUCUGAAAGAAAUCAAUUAGAGCGUAAAUAAAUCAACAGAAAUUCAAAAAAUUGAAACGACAAACAAAUUAGAGCUACUGCGAGUGAUUUUUCAAUACAGCCAAAAAGUAUGCUACAUUUUUUUGGCUGUCGCAUUUGCUCCAAGGAAAAUUGACAAUUGUUGCCAUAAAUAAAAUGGUUAUUAACAAGUGUUAAAUAAAUAAAAGGGUGGAUCAACCAGUUAUGAAAUUAGGGGAUUAUAAGUUGCAGGCAUCGCACAACUGUUAAUUGAUGCUAAUAAACAAUCAAUAUGUUAAUAAAGCACUCAAUUAUUUUGGGGUUUUUUAAUCAUAAACAAAAAACAUUCUGCAGGUGUUGUGUGUGUGUAUAAGUUUAAACAGUUUAUUUAUUGACAACUUUUGUUGAGCUUAGAAAAUAAAUAUAUAUUUGUUGUAUUUAUUAAUUGUAAAUAUCGUGUGCUUGAAAUUAAACAGAACAUUUAACUAAAAUUAAAUAGUAAAUGUAUAUUGUAUGUAUGUAUAUAAUAUAAUUAAAAACUAAUUUCGUAAUUGUUUCAAGACUUUUGUAUAUGCAAAUAAAUAUAUGUGUAUAUUUAAAAUAUAAGACUUUAUCGCGUUCUAAGUUCUACAUUACUAAACCCCGUGUUCUUAACCAAAAACC